AUGGAUUGGUUUUCUUGGCUAUCAAGAAGCAAUCUCGACCCGUCCGUCACGUACGAGUACGCCCUUGCUUUCGCCACCAACGAGCUCGACCGCGAAGACAUACCUUAUCUCGACCACGAGUUCCUCCAGAGCAUGGGAAUCUCGAUCGCCAAACACCGCCUCGAGAUCCUCAAGCUAGCGACGACGACCCACAAGAAUAAAAACCGUGUUUCGAUUCGUCCUGUCGUGUGGUUGAAGCUUGCCGUCAAGCAAACCAAGACCUACUUGAACGAGAAAAUCGGCACCUUCUUCCACAAUCGUCGUCAACCUCAAAACACCUUGCCUCUUUCGCUCGUCCCGAAUAACAGGAUCAACAGCAUGAGAUGGAAAGUGGCAAUGUUGCAAAGAAACAGGAGGCUGCUGAUGAAGCCAAAUAAUUGGCCAAUUGUGCUAACAGACUACAAUGGUAAUAAUUAUGACGAUGAUGGUGAUAAUAAAAAGAGUAUGAUGAUGCUGACAAAUGGGAGCCCGAAUAGGAGCUCGGGCUCGACUGGGAGCUCGGGCUGGCCCGAGUCGGAAGCGAACGGGGACGAGUCUGGUAAUAGGUGGAACAGUAGCUUUUCAGGGGAUGGAGAAAAUUGGUCGAGUAGUAUGGAGGAUGUCAAGUGGGAUACAUUGUUCAAGAAUUUGAAGCCCACAUGA